AAACUCUUGAUUUUUAAGGUGCCUUUACUCUUAUUACGCUGUUUUUAUGAUCUCUUGUUUGUUAAUCUAUGAGCAUCACUUCCUUUCGCAGGUUACGAACUCCUUUCGCAAGUCAAGAAGUCCAUAGCACGCAGCGUUGAUCUCUAGUAUAUGUACUCCCUAGUGCAAGGAAAGGAACGAAAAGUGUCAGCUUUGUUCAUAUCAGAAAAUUAUUCUACAGUUCAACAAUAAAGCUUCACGAGGGACGAGGCAGAGGACGUGAUUAAUGCCACCAACAGACAACUUGGUGACAUCCUGGCCUGGGGACGUCAGUGGCAAGUGAAGUUUGCUGCCGAGAAGACCCAAGCAAUGGUGAUAUCACGUUCAAGGGAGGACGCCAGGCGACUGGAGGGGAAGCUGAAGUUUGGUGACGACACCCUCGCCUUAAAGGACUCCGUCACCAUCCUGGGGAUGGAGGUUGACUCCCAACUCAGCUUCGCACGCUAUCUGGAGGGUGUGGCACGCAAGGCCUCCUUGAGGGUGACAUUGCUGCGGCAAGUCCAGCACUUCCUCAAUGCUGACGGCCUCCUGAAGCUCUACAAGGCCCAUGGAGUACUGUCCCCUCACAUGGAUGAGCAGCGCCCAGUCCCACCUCUCUCUGCUGGACAAAGUACAAAGCCGGGCAGAACGCUUAAUACAAGGUGCCAGCAGCUGGCAGAGGCAACGGCGUGGGCAGCAACAACAACAUCAUCAUCACCAGCAGCAGCAGCGAUGCUUUCCAAGGCUGCUAGACAGUCUCGAGCACCGCAGGAGAGUUGGUGCCCUGACAGUGCUACACAAGGCACAGUUGCUGCACACACCACACCUCGCAGCACUUCGGGUCCCAUGGCGGAGGUCUCAGCGCACUACAAGAGCGGCAGUGACUAAUGACCUCCUGGAAGUCCCGAGAACCAGCACUGUGAGGUGCCAGCGCUCCUUCACCUGCGCCACAGCAACACUGUGGAACACCUUCACCUCUGUGGUGGAUCCCAGGACCAUGUCCACUCACCAGGUGAAAAUGGCGGCCCACAGUUGGUGCCGCACCCAUCCCCCCUAGUGCCGUGACACUGAAGUGACAGUGAAUAGCCCUGACAGUGACAGUGGUUUAAAAGGUUUAAGGCAGUGAUUAGUGUGACAGUGCUACGUGUUUUUCACAUUUCUCUAUAUAUAUUAUCAUCAUUACUCCUAUUAUAAACAUUAUAUAAUAAAGGCUUUAUUUAAGCUUUAAAUAGGCUCCCUCAUGACAGAAGAGGCCUUUAGCUUCUGUACAAAUUUCCCCA